CCCAUUCACAUACCCAGAAUCACUGAUCGGUUCAUCGAGCGGCAUAAAUAACGACAAUGGCCAAGGACAAGUCUGAGAGAAAGGAGAAGCACGAGAAGAAGGAGAAGCGGUCAGAGAAGGACGGUGUGCACAAGAGCAAGAAGGACAAGAAGGAUAAGAAAGAUAAGACUGCUCUGGCCGAUGCAGUAUUGAAGGGACUUGAAGCCGAGACUCCCUCAACUGUUCCCGUCAAUGGUGCCGAUGCGACCGGUGAAGUCGAAGCCCGCCCCGUCGGUGCGCUCGUACCGUUUGCCAAACCACUGCUGGAGGACAAGGCAGCCAAGAAGGCCCUCAAGAGUGUGAAGAAGGCUGCGGUCAACAAAUGCCUUAAGCGCGGUGUGAAGGAGGUUGUCAAGGCCCUCAGGAAGUCUCCCGUUCCGGCUCCUAAUGAAACCGUCGCCAUUCCUAAUGGAGUUGUCAUUCUCGCUGCCGAUAUCUCGCCUAUGGACGUCAUUUCCCACAUUCCCGUUCUCUGUGAAGACCACGGCAUCCCGUAUGUCUUCGUCACAUCCCGAGCAGAACUCGGUAACGCUGCUGCUACGAAGCGUCCCACAAGUGUUGCAAUGGUUGUGCCAAAAUCCGCGGCCAAGGGCAAGAAGAAGGAUGCCAAUGAUGAUGACGAGGACUUCAGCAAGGUUUAUGAGGAGCUGGUCAAGCUCGCUCAGAAGGAACUCACGCAGGUGAACCUAUAGUGCCAGCUGGACGUCUAGCACCUUUCUUAUUUUCUGUUCUUUUUAAUUCUACGGCUUAUUUAUGCGUCUUGCCAUCUUCCACGACUGUACAGUUCCGCUUUGUUUGACAAGACAGCGCAUGUCUUUGGGGUCUGGCAUUCGGUCGUGUUUUUCUGGGUUAAUCUUGAUGAUUAUCUGUUGCAAAAUUCGGCGUUCUUGAUUGGUGUACGAAAAGGCAGGAAGUAUUGAAUAGC